GCGUUUGAAAUUGGGGAAUUGGAAAAUUGAAAAAUCCUAUUACAGCAUUACAUCGCUCCAUCUCGGUGAUAGCUGUGCGUGGUAUCAGCCGCCUUUGACAAAAAUCUAUUCCAGCCGGUGAAGCAGAGCCAAUAUCAAAAUCUUAUCUGAAACCGUAUUGUGGGUGCAUGAUGGACAGUGAUAACGAGUUUACAUUUUGUCAGGUCAGUUCCCCUGUUAAUCAGGAUGGCCAUGAAACCAAUAAGCUUGCUUCAGAUGUGGGUGCUAUUACCCUAAAAGAAGAAUCCUCCAAUACAAGUGGGAGUCAUGGUGAGAAUAGUGGUGCCCUACGGAUGAAUGGGUUACCAGAUAAUUCCGACUCUAAGAAGCAGGCUUCAGUUGGUUCUUUGUCUUACAGUGUAAUUGACACAACACCAUCAAAUCAGGGACAGGUAUUGAAUACAAAAGCCGUAUCAAGUGAUGCUGAGAAUUCACUUCAGAAGUCAUCAAAACAAAGAAAGCCAAUGGAAAAGCCAAAAUCUCGGGUCAAAGUUCCUUUUGAGAAGGGCUAUAGCCAAAUGGACUGGCUAAAGCUUACUCGAACACAUCCUGACCUUGCAGGUUUGAAUGGACAAUCAAACAGGAGACUUAUUUCUAUGGAUGAAGUUAGACAACACCAAACAGAAGGGCAAAUGUGGACCGUUUUAAAAGGGCGUGUUUACAAUAUAUUCCCAUAUAUGAAGUUUCAUCCUGGUGGUGUUGAUAUGCUGAUGAAGGCAGUUGGAAAAGAUUGUACCUCUCUCUUCAAUAAAUAUCAUGCUUGGGUUAAUGCAGAAUUCUUAUUGGAGAAAUGCCUUGUGGGUACUUUAGAUGAUAGUCAGUGAAGAAAGGAGAGUUGUGUACUAAUAAUGAAUCGUCACAUUUCAUGAAAUAGCAUAUAUAAACUUGCCUUGGCUCCAUUGUACGUCUUUAUAUACAACGAGGAAUAAAUUUUUCACUUGCUUAUUUUUAUAGAAUCCCUACGGGAAUCUUUUGUACAAUUACAGACGAGCACUGUUAAGUUGUAAACUGGGAUAUUCUAUUGGCAUUUAAUAUGUGAUUGUUGAAUCUGUUCAGUUUAAAGAACUUGUAACA